AUGUUAAAGGAUGGAGGAGAACGUGUGUUGACGAAAUGCGUCCGUGUGUCCAGCACGGCCACAACUCGUGCCGUCGUCGAUGCACUGACUGAGAAGUUUCUUCCUGAUUUGAAGAUGCUCUCAGACGACACUUACACGUUAUGGGAGCUUCACGAGAGUGGUGGUGAGAGGAAACUGGACGAUGAGGAGAAGCCAUUACUUGUACAGCUAACAUGGCACAGAGACGAUCGCGAAGGCAGGUUUCUGUUGCGCAAAAGUCGCCAGACAAGUAUUCCUCUUGCGGUACGGUUACUGAACACUAUACAGCUACCGCAUGAAGAGAACUUGAAAAGAGCUACGAAGCGAUUCUCGAAACGGGAAAAGAAGGAAUUGAAGAAGAAACACCAGAAAGAUAUCAGUACUCGUCAUUUUGAUUUUUUGUUAAAUAAGGUUCCGCCUAAUUCAUUUACUCGUACAAUAUCUAAUCCAGAAGUGGUAAUGAAGAAAAGACGAGAGAAGAAACUGGAAACAAGACUGAAAGAGAUGGGUCAUGGUGGAAGUUUGAAGAUAUACGGUGGCGAGUUGGUACCAUCACGGCCAUAUGUAACAAUUCUGGUUUCCAUGCAAGACCGCACUGAAAAAAUUCUCUUGGAAGCUUUGGAGAAGUAUGGUUUCGAUUCAAGCUCCGCUUCUGACUAUGUGUUGGUUGAGGUUGGUUUAGAUGAUCCGGAAAUUCGCGGGAGGCAUUGUGUUAUUACUUACAUGGAUGGGAUAGUUACGAUCACCCCCAGUGCUUCUGAUGCAGUCAUCGAGAUAAACAAUCGCCGUAUAGGUCAGACAGAAAUUCUUCGUGAUGGAGACUUCCUGAGAAUGGGGCGGAUCAACUUGUUUCAAUUCGUGAGCCAACAAAAGGUGUCCAAACUCACUCAAAAUGACGAUGGUCCUCGGGAGUGCCUCUCGAACUUGUUUUGUGCAUUCGUGCUUAGAUGUUUAUUCAAUACGGAAUCUAGGCAUAUAAUGUCAAUUUUAUUACCGUUCGGAGAAGGCGCUUGA